CAAUUUACGUGUAAACCAGUUUGCGGAACCCGUCUGCCAAAUGGUUCACUUGAGUUGGGAAGAUUAUAUUUGUUAUCCGAAAAUAGGAAUUUGCUCCCUAGCAGAAGAACUGCAAUCCUUGGAAAUUUGAGAGACUGUUGAAACGCUACAGUCCAAUGGCCGAUGCAACGUCGAUUGACGCUGAAACAGGCCACAUCAACGAACGGCGUCUCUCACCAACAAGAAAUCUGAUUGCUGGUUCCAUCGGUGGAAUGACGGGCUGGAUUGCUGGACAACCCUUAGACAUGGUCAAGGUACGACUACAAGUACAACCCAAGCAAAACCCUUUAUAUAAAGGCCCGAUAGACUGCCUUAUCAAAGUCAUCAAGACAGAGGGRUUUACAGGGCUCUAUAGGGGUAUGUUUGUACCCGUUUUGAUGGCCGCGCCCGCUUGUGCAGUUAGUUUCUACACCCUAUCCCUAGGGAAAAGCCUACAGCUUCAGCAUCCAGAUCAAGAACCCACACUACUACAAUAUUUCAAUGCUGGACUAUUUUGUGGCGUCUUUUCUGCUCUCAUAUUUGCUCCCGCRGAAAGACUAAAAUGUCUCCUACAGGUACAAAAAGCCACAGGGGGGACCCCUAAGUAUACAGGAACGGUAGACUGUUUUAUCAAGGUUAUGAAGGAAAGUGGCCUACGAGGGGUGUACAGAGGUCUAGGACCUACCUUUGGUCGAGAGAUCCCAGGAAGUGGUGCAUGGUACCUAGCCUAUGAAGGGCUUUUAAAAUUAUCAAGAUCAGAUGGCAGAACACGUGAUGAAGUUGGACCAAUCACUGUCGUUCUUGCGGGAGGCACCUCUGGCAUGGUAUUCUGGGGUCUUACAUUUCCAGUGGACGCUAUCAAGACAAGGAUGCAGGUGGCACCAAUAGAGCGGUACCCUCGCGGGACUAAGGACAUUAUUAGAGAGGUCAUUAAAAAUGAGGGGCUUAAAGCGCUCUAUCGUGGAUWUGUCCCUGCUGUAACAAGAGCCGUAGUGGUACAUGCAGCCCUGUUUGUUGGAUAUGAAUUUACUAUGAAAGCUAUGAAUUGGAUUUCCCCUUAAACGGCCAAGUUGUCCGUAAAACAUGAGGUGUCCGUUUUGAGGUGGUGUCGUCUAUUUCGUAAUGUCURUAAUGUGCCGUUAACGAUUGAAGUGUCCGAUAUAUAGAGGUUUUCCGAUUCUAAUCGGAACUUAUUAAUAAGAAGUGAUCGUUAUGUGGUGUUGUCUGUCUUACAGAUAGUURAUAGAGACGUUAUACAAAAUAAAAUAUUUGAGUUUU